CCUCGAGGAAGCAUCUCCCAGGCCAUCAACAACGUCAACGGCAGCGACUUGACUCGAGCUCAUUCGCCACUCCGUUUGAUUCGGCCUAGACACAUCUUGAUUCAACAGCAUCAUGCAGUUCACCAACGUCCUCCUGGCCUUGGCCCUGCUGGCCGUGAGCGCCCAGGCGUACGACACCUGCAACGACGAACUCUUCGAGUACUACUGUGACCAGCGCUCCGAGUGCACCUGGCUCGCCGAUGAGGGCUAUUGCCUCCGCUCCGAGCUCACCACCACCACCACCAUCGCCUCGACCACCACCACCAUUCAGGGCAUCUACAACAACAACCAAGAUUAUUCGGAUGUCUGCCCCGGCGCCUGGUAUUGCGCCUACUACGGCUACGCCAAGACCAUGUUCGGCGGCGAGACCGAGUCGGACAGCGGCAGCGCCGCUGGCAUCUCCACCGUGGCCAUUGCCUGCAUCUGCGCCGCCGUUCUGUGCGUCGUGGCCAUUGUCGCCGCCGUCAUUGUCCGCCGCCGCAAGGCUCGCACCACUGAGCUGCCCGUUGAGGCCACCAAGGAAACGGCUCCCGAGGCCGUGGUGGUUGAAACACAAGUCAGCAUGGCCUAAUCUCGAACCAACAUUCUUUUAAAUGCGACGCACCUUGCCCGCCCAUGAUCUAACCGGCUCGCAAGAGCCGCGAGCCGGGAGGCCACGCUUGCGCCCGGCGGACAUUGCAAAAGCCAUUUGAGUUGCUGAUUGACCUUUUCAAUGUGUGUCCUACACCAAGUUCUACAAUUGCCCAAAGGCGCCCUCGGCUAUGAGCCCGAGUGGAGAACUACCGGUGUAGCGUGGGCACAAUGUAGAUCAUCCCAACGCUUUGCCAUUUCAGCAUGUCCUUGUCCUGCUCCCGGCAUUGUCUUUCUGAUCUUUUAUUUUUUUCUUUUUCUUUUUUUUUCCCUUGGAGACCUGCUUGUGUGUUUCUGCACCAGAAAGAUGAGACAAUUGAUCCUGUUUGCC